UUGGCUGGUUUGUCGUUUAGUGGGUAAAAUUUUGCGGAGCUCUUUGGAUCUGGGAAGUGGGGUCGGGAUGGGUUCAUUUGACAUCCACGUCAUAAAUAAAGCGGCUGUGUUUAUGAUGGGACGCAGAGAUGUGUUUUGGGACAACAAAGGUGGCAGUUCUGGGUGUUUCUGAAGAAACCCAUACUGAUUACAUCUUUCUCCCUUGUGUUCCUUUUAUCCCAGGUUUGAAUUUUCUCGGAGAAAGACAGGCCGGCCACGAGGAAAACAGAAACAAGCCGCAGCAACAUCUAAGCCCUUGAAAGGAUCCUGAGAGCGGGGGGAAAGGGAAAACAGCAGCCACCAGCCCAACCACUUGUGUCUUCUACCCCUUCCCACCUAUCUUGCCCACCCCACCAGCCCAUGCUGCUUGGGACUUGAAAUCUGUGGCCGAAGGACCGUCACCACAUAACUUCAAAAAUAAUCAACCACCCUCCCUUCCCAAACCACCCAAAUUCACUCAUCCAGCGUUUACUUUUUUUGAAUCCACUCAGAACUUUUUUCUGCGACCCCCCUCCCUAAAUGGAGUUGGGUGGGGGGGGAAAUGAAUACUGAGUUGGCCUUCAUUUUUUUUAAAAGACUUUUUGAUCCAAUGAGGCCCCCUAAAUAAUUGAGUUUUGGGUCCUGGUUGGUUGUUUUAUUUUUUUUCCUCCAAAAUUUUACCCCCUCCCCCCUGAGCCCGAGGUGCUGACGUCGCAAAAAAUUUGGAUAAAACCACCAUCAUGGGUUCGGGUCCCAUAGACCCCAAGGAACUUCUCAAGGGCCUGGAUAGCUUCCUUAACCGAGAUGGGGAAGUCAAAAGUGUGGAUGGCAUUUCCAAGAUCUUCAGUUUGAUGAAGGAAGCACGAAAGAUGGUGAGUCGAUGCACUUACUUGAACAUUCUCCUGCAGACCCGUUCACCAGAAAUACUGGUCAAGUUUAUUGACGUCGGUGGCUACAAACUUCUCAACAGUUGGCUAACAUAUUCAAAGACAACCAACAACAUUCCCCUCCUCCAGCAAAUUCUACUGACCCUGCAGCACCUGCCGCUCACUGUAGACCAUCUCAAGCAGAACAACACAGCUAAACUGGUGAAACAACUGAGCAAGUCAAGUGAGGACGAAGAGCUCCGGAAACUGGCCUCAGUCCUUGUCAGCGACUGGAUGGCUGUCAUCCGCUCUCAGAGCAGUACCCAGCCCACUGAGAAAGAUAAGAAGAAACGUAAAGAUGAGGGAAAAAGUCGAACUACCCCUCCUGAGCGACCUUUGACUGAGGUGAAGGCUGAGACCCGGGCCGAGGAGGCCCCAGAGAAGAAGAGGGAGAAGCCCAAGUCUCUUCGAACCACAGCACCCAGUCAUGCCAAGUUCCGUUCCACUGGACUAGAGCUGGAGACACCGUCCUUGGUGCCUGUGAAGAAGAACGCCAGCACAGUGGUGGUUUCUGACAAGUACAACCUUAAACCCAUCCCCCUCAAACGUCAGAGCAACACAGCUGCCCCAGGAGAUGCUGUCCCCCCUGCAGAGAAGAAAUACAAGCCACUCAACACAACACCUAAUGCCACCAAAGAGAUCAAAGUGAAGAUCAUCCCACCACAGCCUAUGGAGGGCCUCGGCUUUCUGGAUGCUCUCAAUUCAGCCCCUGUUCCAGGCAUCAAAAUUAAGAAGAAGAAAAAAGUGCUGUCACCUACAGCUGCCAAGCCAAGCCCCUUUGAAGGGAAAACGAGCACAGAACCAAGCACAGCCAAACCUUCUUCCCCAGAACCAGCACCACCUUCUGAGGCAAUGGACACAGACCGUCCAGGCACCCCAGUUCCCCCUGUUGAAGUCCCGGAGCUCAUGGAUACAGCCUCUUUGGAGCCUGGAGCUCUGGAUGCCAAGCCAGUGGAGAGUCCUGGAGAUCCUAACCAGCUGACCCGGAAAGGCAGGAAAAGGAAAACUGUGACAUGGCCUGAGGAGGGCAAACUGAGGGAAUACUUCUAUUUUGAAUUGGAUGAAACUGAACGAGUAAAUGUGAAUAAGAUCAAGGACUUUGGCGAGGCAGCUAAGCGAGAGAUACUGUCAGACCGACAUGCAUUUGAGACAGCUCGGCGUCUGAGCCAUGACAACAUGGAGGAGAAGGUGCCCUGGGUGUGCCCCCGGCCCCUGGUUCUGCCAUCACCUCUUGUCACCCCUGGAAGCAAUAGUCAGGAGCGAUAUAUCCAGGCUGAGCGGGAGAAGGGAAUCCUUCAGGAGCUCUUCCUGAACAAGGAGAGUCCUCAUGAACCUGAUCCUGAGCCCUAUGAGCCUAUACCCCCUAAACUAAUCCCCCUAGAUGAGGAGUGUUCCAUGGAUGAGACUUCAUAUGUUGAGACCCUGGAACCUGGGGGGUCAGGUGGCUCACCUGAUGGGGCAGGAGGCUCCAAGUUGCCUCCAGUUCUCGCCAAUCUUAUGGGAAGCAUGGGUGCUGGAAAGGGCCCCCAAGGCCCUGGAGGAGGAGGCAUUAAUGUGCAGGAGAUCCUUACCUCCAUCAUGGGUAGCCCAAACAGUCAUCCUUCAGAGGAACUACUGAAACAGCCAGACUAUUCAGACAAGAUCAAGCAGAUGCUGGUGCCACAUGGACUGUUAGGCCCUGGCCCAAUAGCCAAUGGUUUCCCACCAGGGGGUCCUGGGGGCCCCAAGGGCAUGCAGCACUUUCCCCCUGGACCUGGGGGACCUAUGCCAGGUCCCCAUGGAGGCCCUGGUGGGCCAGUGGGUCCACGUCUCCUGGGUCCUCCACCCCCUCCCCGGGGUGGUGAUCCCUUCUGGGAUGGCCCAGGUGACCCCAUGAGGGGUGGCCCAAUGCGGGGGGGUCCAGGACCAGGUCCUGGACCAUACCAUAGAGGCCGAGGUGGCCGAGGGGGAAACGAACCUCCUCCCCCUCCUCCUCCUCCAUUUCGAGGUGCCAGAGGAGGUCGCUCUGGAGGAGGUCCCCCAAAUGGACGAGGGGGGCCUGGUGGGGGCAUGGUUGGAGGUGGUGGGCAUCGUCCCCAUGAAGGUCCUGGCGGUGGCAUGGGCAACAGCAGUGGACAUCGUCCCCACGAAGGCCCUGGCGGUGGCAUGGGCAGUGGGCAUCGCCCCCAUGAAGGCCCUGGUGGUAGCAUGGGCGGGGGUGGAGGACAUCGUCCCCAUGAAGGCCCUGGCGGUGGCAUCAGUGGUGGCAGUGGCCAUCGUCCCCACGAAGGCCCUGGCGGAGGAAUGGGUGCCGGUGGUGGACAUCGCCCUCAUGAAGGCCCUGGACACGGUGGCCCCCAUGGCCACCGGCCUCAUGAUGUCCCUGGUCACCGAGGCCAUGACCAUCGAGGGCCGCCUCCUCAUGAGCACCGUGGCCAUGAUGGCCCUGGCCACGGGGGAGGGGGCCACCGAGGGCACGAUGGAGGCCACAGCCAUGGAGGAGACAUGUCAAACCGCCCUGUCUGCCGACAUUUCAUGAUGAAGGGCAACUGCCGCUAUGAGAACAACUGUGCCUUCUACCACCCGGGUGUUAAUGGCCCCCCCCUGCCCUAGGGACCAUAUGCCUGCCCUGUUCACACCACCCCUGUGGACUGCAGCCUCGCUCCUUCCACCCUGUUAUGGCUUCUGUGAGGCCCAUUUUCCCCUUUCCCCAGCUGAUGAGGAGCCGGCCCCCUCAGUUCCCACUUGCUUGGGUUCUUGGGGGUUUUCUGAUCACUGGUGCGCAUUGAUGUACAUAUUUUCCUCCGGUCUGGGGAGGAGAGAGACUGGUAACGUUCUGUACCCUGGACUGCUGAAGAGGAGACCCAGUUGGCUUCACUUUUUGAGAAGAUUUGCCCUGUACCCCAAACCCCUUUCCAGUAUUGCCCGUAAUGCCCGAGAACCUAAAGCUGGUUAUCCUGGAGAAAACCCCUACCCUUCUAUUGCGGGUCCCCACAUGCACACAGAACUCUGACGCAGGAUCAGCUGCACUUAAGAAAUCAUCCCAGCUAAGCUCAUUAUUCUUCAUGGGGUGGGGAGAUGGUGAAGGGGUAUUGUAUAUCCCACUGCACUGAGGGGGCUCAAUCAGCUGGAUUUGAGUUCUGGAACACACAUCAUCCCCACUCCUCCUCCAGCAUGGGCUCCAUUCUGAGUCCUUUCUCAAGUGGGACCUUGAACUUUCUGUGAACAACCAUUCUGCAUCCUGGGUCUGCUAGGUUCGAUGAUAGUGAACUCAUAUCUGCAUCCAGUGAAAGUUUAGCUGGCAGAAGUGAGGCCGGUGGUGGUCUGCCCUUGCCAACUACAGCCAGUCUGUAGACUUGAUAAAAUACUUCAGUGAGACCAGCUUCUCAUCAACUUGUGCCCAGCAUGCUGGGCCUGAAAGUCGCACUACAUGCACUGCCUUUGGGAGUUACCGCACUCCCUGCCCCUACCUGGAACCUUGUCAGCGUGAAGGAGGCCUCCUGCUACUUCACCCUGUCAACCGCCUCUGAAUCCCCACCAGGCACCUUCCUGGGUGGAUUCAACAAGAUGAUUUUGCCCUUUCCCAGUCCUCUCCUUCACCUUGGCAUCAGUUGUUUUCUAUGAAAACAGUGGAUUGGUUGGGUCUUGUGCAGGGUCUUGGGUUAGAGCCACAAUGGAUUUGAGGAUGAGUAUUUUCUUUUUCUUUUGGUUUUGUAUAUUUUGUACAUUAAUAAUAAACAGUGGAAAGAGAAGCAGCUUAUUUAA